AUGGUCCAAACUAGACUCCAUGGUCGCAACCCAGCCCGAAGGUCGGCGGGCGAAUCAGGGGGUCAAGAUGUGACACAAGGUCGCUCCCCGAAAGUUCCGCAUAGGGUCACUGUACCUAAUGACGUAAGUUUGCUAAAACAAAAGCUCACAAAAAUGGUGCACCAAAUGAACCCUGUUAUUCACGCUCCUGACGUGACCACCAAGCAUGGCCAACUUAAGUCCAAAAGGGCUAACCAACGGCCAGUCAAUGUACCAGAUGACUUGGCAACAAUGCAGACUUUGAAUGCUGAUAUUAUAGUGCAACAACUUGAGCAACGUUACCAGCAUGGGAUCAUUUAUACAUACAUUGGAGAUAUUAUGAUGGCUGUGAACCCAUUUAAGCCCCUACCUAUUUACAAUGAGCAGUUUCAGGAACAAUACACCAAUAUGAACAAAGGGGCACUGCCACCUCAUAUAUUUGGAGUAGCUGACCAGUCAUUCCAUUCCAUGCUACAUCUCCAAAUGAAUCAGUGCAUUGUCAUCAGUGGAGAAUCUGGAUCAGGGAAAACAGAGAGUGCCAACUAUUUGUUGCAGCAGCUCACCAACCUUGGUCAGGCUCCUGACAAAUCCUUAGAGCAGAAAAUUCUCCAAGCCAAUCCUUUAAUGGAGGCAUUUGGAAAUUCCAGAACUGUUAUUAAUGAUAAUUCCAGUCGUUUUGGAAAAUACAUUGAUAUGAUAUUCAACAACAUUGGAAGCGUCAUGGGAGCUCGCAUUACUGAGUAUCUUCUGGAGAAGUCCAGAAUUAUUCAACAAGCCCCUGGGGAACAAAGUUUUCAUAUCUUUUACUACAUUUUGGCUGGUCUGACCGGCAUGCCAGAUGACAAUUAUUUCCUUAAGUCAACUCAAAGUUUUAGAUAUAUCAGUCAGUAUAUGCGUGAUUCUCACAGCAUGGCUGCGGCUGCUUCAAAAUUCCAAACAAUCGAACAAUGUUUUGAUAUCAUUGGCUUCACUCCUGAAGAAGUGGACCAAGUUUACUGUGUUCUCGCAAGUAUCCUGCAUAUUGGAAACAUUGAUUUCACUGCCCAAGAGACAAGACAUGGCAGUGAUUCAUGUACAGUAGUAGAUGAUACAAUUGUUAACAAUGUGGCUUCACUUCUAGGGGUUGAUACAAAAGAACUAAAUGAUGCAAUGACAACCACUGGAAUUCUUGCUCGUGGUGAGGUGAUCAUUCGUUGUAAUACCAGUUAUGAAGCUUUAGAUGCUCGUGAUGCGAUGGCCAAGGCUCUCUAUGGUCGAUUGUUCAGCUGGAUUGUCAACAAAAUUAAUAUCCAGUUGAAACCAAAACAUGAGGUCACCAACACCUUCUGUAUUGGAAUUCUGGAUAUUUUUGGUUUCGAAAAUUUCCCGAAAAACUCAUUUGAGCAGCUUUGUAUUAAUAUUGCCAAUGAGCAGAUCCAAUAUUACUUUAAUCAGCACAUCUUUGCAUGGGAACUGCAAGAGUAUGAAGCUGAAGGUGUUGAAGGUGUGGAGGUUGACUUCGAAGACAACCGACCUGUCUUAGAUAUGUUCCUCAUGAAACCGAUGGGUCUUUUGGCUCUUUUAGAUGAAGAAAGUCUUUUCCCCAAGGGAACUGACCAAUCUCUGACAGCCAAAUUUCAUCAAAAUAUUAGAUGCCCAGCUUAUAUAAAGCCUCGAGCUGAACAGAGUCUAAGUUUCACUAUUGAGCAUUAUGCUGGAAAAGUGGAAUAUCAGACAGUAGGUUUCUUGGAAAAGAACAGGGAUAGACUCCCCACUGAAGUUGUUCACUUAUUCCGAAUGUCCGUCAAAGAAGUGGUGAAGGCUUUGUUUCACACACCGUUAACGAAGAUUGGCAAUUUAUCUACAUCCUCCCGCAAUUCUCCUGCAGAUGAAUCCAUGAAAAACUACAAAGAUCCUCGCCAGACUCCCAGUAGCAGAGUAUUCAAAUAUAAACAAUCAAUAUCUAUCUAUCUAUCUAUCUAUCUAUCUAUCUAUCUAUCUAUCUAUCUAUCUAUCCACAAACCAAGUAAAUACUAA